GCCUCCGACCAUACACAUCGCAAGCUUAAGCCCAGGCACAUACAACUUAUUGGCAUCGGCGGUACAAUUGGCACAGCACUAUAUGUGCAGAUUGGUAAAGGCUUGAUGCAUGGCGGCCCUGGCAGCCUGUUCCUGGCCUUUUUGAUUUGGUUAGUU